UUGAGUGUGCAAUCAGGUGAGUUUUAUAAAGUUAUCAGACAACGAUGUGCAUGAAUUUAUUAAGUUUAUGCAUCCGGUAAAGUGUGCGAUGCGGCGUCAAGAAGCAUUUGACAUUCCGGUCAGUUUCCCUUCCUUCAUGCAAGGUGAAGUAGGAAAUGAAAGAUAGGAGAUUGAAGGCGUGCAUUGUGUUUUUUUGGACUUGCUGGAAAAAUUGGAGUUGUGUCUAAAGAAACUGGAAAGCCAGUUGGGUUUGAUAAACAAAAAAGAGAUGGGCCUAUUGUAAGCUGUUGGUCCCAGUAUCUUUUAAUUCUAAAGGAGUUAGAAAGCAUUUCAAAGUAGUUUAAGGGUUUGGAGGAAAUGUUUUGGGAGAAGAUGAGGCAAAGAAGAGUUGAAUUGUGCUUUCUGAUAGUUAGACUUUCAAAAAAGUCUACAGAUUAUCAGUGGAUUCUUGAGCACAAGGAGGUAACACAUUUUGAGAUAAGGCAGCGUUUUGCCUUGAAGAUGCUUCGAGAAGGGAGGCACAAGAACGAGCAGUUUUACGAGAUGCUCAUUUGCAGGUCUCGUUUGUUUGAAGAAUCAUUUGAGUACAUUGGACAUGCAAGUCCUAGGUCUUUGCGAGGUCAAUUAUUUAUUCAAUUUGAGAAUGAAGAAGCUACCGGGCCUGGUGUGUUGAGGGAGUGGUUUUCCUUGGUAUGUGAAGCCAUUUUCAACCCUCAGAAUGCUCUAUUUGUUUCAUGCCCAAAUGAUGGUAGAAGGUUUUUCCCAAAUCCAGGUAAACUUUUAUUGCCUUUAUCAUUGCACCUUGAGUAUUUUGUCUUCUCCGGCAGGAUUAUUGCAUUGGCCUUGUUGCAUAGAGUACAAAUAAGCAUUGCGUUUGACCGUGUUUUCUUUUUGCAAUUAGCUAGAGAGGAUAUUUGGUUUGAAGACAUUAGGGAUGCAGAUCCCUACUUGUACAGUGGCUGCAAGAAGACUGAAGAUAUCCUAGGCCUAACAUUUGUUUGUGAAGAUGAAGAAUUGGGAUCCAGGAAAGUAGUGGAGCUUUGCCCUAAUGGGAAAAAUAUGAUAGUGAACAGUCAGAAUAGGGAUAACUAUGUGAAUCUUCUUGUUAAACACCGUUUUGUCACAUCAAUUGCUCGUCAGGUAGCCCAUUUUGCUCAAGGUUUUGGUGACAUAAUUAUUGACCGACGGCUCCGAGAAUCCUUUUACCGGAUCCUUGAUCAUGAAGACCUUAACAGGUUGCUUCAUGGCAGUAAAACAACGGUUUCUGUAGAAGAUUGGGAAGAGCAUACAAAUUACAAUGGCUACAAAAAAGAUGAUCCUCAAAUAUCCUGGUUCUGGGAGAUAGUUGGAAGUAUGUCGACUGAGCAGAGUGUGCUUCUCUUCUUCUGGACUUCAAUCAAGUCUCUGCCUGUUGAGGGUUUUGGUGGUCUAGAUUCUAAACUUCGCAUCUACCGAACUUCAGACUAUCAUGAUUGCUUGACUUCCUCGCACACAUGCUUUUACCGCCUGUGUUUCCCUCCUUAUCCGUCUAUGGAUGUCAUGCAAAAUCGUCUUAACAUAAUCACCCAAAAUUAUGUUGGUUGCAGCUUUGGUGCCGAGUGA